AUGAAGUUCACCGCCGUCUUUGCUGCUCUCAUCGCAGGCGCGUACGCGCAAGGCAUUAACAUCGGGUCACCUCUGCCCGGUAGCUCUAUUUCCACGGGAGACGCCACCGUACAAGUUAGACGGCCUAACACACUCACGAACUCGAAAGAAGUAGCGAUCGUCAUCUCCAUUGCACCCUGCAACGCCCCAGGCGCAUGCCCUGACCCUUAUGAAACCCUCGGAACCACACUAUACGAUGGCCCCUUCAACCCGCAAUACCAAGCAGGGAACAACGAACCCUAUCAGAACUUCACCGUCUCCAUCCCGGACUCCCUCGGGGGUCAGAAAGCACUUCUCAGUGUCGUACAUCUCGCGCUCGCUGGAUCCGGCCCGUUCCCGCUAUACCAAAUUUUGAACGCGACGGUCGAUGUCGCGGCCAAGUAA